CUUGAAUUUUUUUUAUUUUUAUUUUCUAUAUUUAUUUUAGAGAAGAAAAGUAGUCGAUGUAGAUGGAGCUCAAAUACUCCCGCAAAACAAGAUUCUCCUUUGUUUUCAUUACCCUCAAAACGAGUCUGUAAAUCUGAAUAUUCAGACAAACACCAAAAGAACAUGAGGCCCCGAAUCCUCUAAUUCCUUUCUCUCUGUGUAACGAGAUCUCUUUAUCUUCGUUUUUGUGUUUUGGUGGGGUAGAGAAUGUUGAAGCUGUGGAGAUGGUACCAGAACUGCUUGGCGGUGCAUCCCGUUAAGACGCAGGUGAUCAGCUCAGCCGUGAUUUGGGGUUUCGGUGAUGUUGCUGCCCAGACUAUCACACACUCCACGGCCAAGAAGCACCGUCUGUUGAAGGAGGAGGAGAAAGAGCUAAAAAUUAACUGGAAACGAGUUGCUACGACGAGCUUAUUUGGGCUUGGAUUUAUUGGACCAGUCGGACACUUCUGGUAUGAAGGACUAGAUCGAUAUAUGAAGACACGACUUCAAUUGCAACCAAAUUCCUUGCGGUUUGUUGCUUCUAAAGUAGCGAUUGAUGGGAUUAUCUUUGGACCGUUGGAUCUUCUUGUUUUCUUCACUUAUAUGGGUUUUUCUGCUGGAAAGAGUGCUCCUCAGGUCAAGGAAGAUGUGAAGAGGGAUUUUCUCCCCGCUUUGAUUCUUGAAGGGGGUAUAUGGCCAAUCCUUCAAGUUGCAAAUUUUCGUUUUGUGCCCGUGAGGUAUCAACUCCUUUAUGUCAACUUCUUCUGCUUGGUCGAUAGCUGCUUUCUGUCAUGGCUUGAGCAACAACAGGAUGCUCCUUGGAAGCAAUGGUUGACAUCUUUUCUACAAAUGAAGGAACAAAAAGGUCAAGGUGGAUGAUUUCUUCCCUUGUGUAUUGCAGGUCUCCUGGCAAUAGUUAGUUACAAUACAUGUCGAGGAUUAAAGGAAAACAAAGUACUGUUAAAGUCAUAAAAUUUGCAGAUAACCCUGGCUUGGAUUUUUAUGGUUGGGGUUCGGACAGUUGAUAACUUUUCUUUAACAUUGUUAAGAUUCCUUUACUGGGAUCCAAUUUUUGAUUCGAAUAGGGAAAGAGUUUGGAUGAAAUGGUUUCUCAUUACUCUUUCAAUAAUGAUAUUGUUUUGCUUUUGUUAGUGCUUCUCA